GCACCUCUCCUCCCUCCCGCUCCUGGGAAAGAGAGAAGCCGCCGCCGCGGGUGGGUAGAGAAGCGCUCCGCGCCUCCGGGAGGGGACCGCGCCCGCCCCGUCUGAGCCUCGGAGCCCUGCCGGACCAGGAGGACAGUUGUGAAACCAGUGCACUUUUGAUUCAAUGGGGCUGAAUGGGUUUUUAUGUAUUUAUUUGAAAGAGAAAGAAGAGAGGGACAAGCAGGGGCGAGGGACCGAGAAAGGGAGAAGUAUACUCUUCGCUGAGCAGGAAGCCUGAUGCAGGACUCAAUCCCAGGACCCUGGGAUCAUGACCCAAGCCAAAGGCAGAUGCUUAACUGACUGAGCCACCCAGGUUACAAAAUAUCCUCCUGUGCUUGAGAUCCACAGACUACAUGUCCUACAAGAACAAAUCAAUGAUUUUUCAUCUCGUGAAGAUACAUUAGAAACAUAAAUAUGGUGCCAAAAGAUCUCCUUACUUUUCUCUGACUACGGUUUAUUUGGACAUACUUUUGUAUUGAAGAGAGGUAUACAGACUGAGGCUACUCGUCCAGAGACGCUGUCGUGUAGGAUCAUGGACCAUCCUAGUAGGGAGAAGGAUGAAAGACAACGGACAACUAAACCUAUGGCACAAAGGAGUACACACUGUUCCCGACCGUCUGGCUCCUCAACAUCCUCUGGGGUUCUUAUGGUGGGACCCAACUUCAGAGUUGGCAAGAAGAUAGGGUGUGGGAACUUCGGAGAGCUCAGAUUAGGUAAAAAUCUCUACACCAAUGAAUAUGUAGCUAUCAAACUGGAACCAAUAAAAUCACGUGCUCCACAGCUUCAUUUAGAGUACAGGUUUUAUAAACAGCUCGGCAGUGCAGGUGAAGGUCUGCCACAGGUGUAUUACUUUGGACCAUGUGGGAAAUACAAUGCCAUGGUGCUGGAGCUCCUCGGCCCGAGCCUGGAGGAUUUGUUUGACCUCUGUGACCGAACUUUUACUUUGAAGACGGUGUUGAUGAUAGCCAUCCAAUUGCUUUCUCGAAUGGAAUAUGUGCAUUCAAAGAAUCUCAUUUACCGAGAUGUGAAGCCAGAGAACUUCCUGAUUGGCCGACAAGGCAAUAAGAAAGAGCAUGUUAUACACAUUAUAGAUUUUGGACUGGCCAAGGAAUACAUUGACCCUGAAACCAAAAAACACAUACCUUAUAGGGAGCACAAAAGUUUAACUGGAACUGCAAGAUAUAUGUCUAUCAACACACAUCUUGGCAAAGAGCAAAGCCGGCGGGAUGAUUUGGAAGCCCUAGGCCAUAUGUUCAUGUAUUUCCUUCGAGGCAGCCUACCCUGGCAAGGACUCAAGGCUGAUACAUUAAAAGAGAGAUAUCAAAAAAUUGGUGACACCAAAAGGAACACUCCCAUUGAAGCUCUCUGUGAAAACUUUCCAGAAGAAAUGGCAACCUACCUGCGAUAUGUCAGGCGAUUAGACUUCUUUGAAAAGCCUGACUAUGAAUAUUUACGGACCCUCUUCACAGACCUCUUUGAAAGGAAAGGCUACACGUUUGACUACGCCUACGAUUGGGUUGGAAGGCCCAUUCCUACGCCAGUAGGGUCAGUUCAUGUAGAUUCUGGUGCGUCUGCAAUAACACGAGAAAGCCACACCCACAGGGACCGGCCGUCACAACAACAGCCUCUCCGAAAUCAGACUGCAUCGUCAGAGCGCCGAGGAGAGUGGGAAAUCCAGCCCAGCCGGCAGACCAAUACCUCGUACCUGACGUCUCACUUGGCUGCAGACCGCCAUGGGGGAUCAGUGCAGGUGGUUAGCUCAACCAAUGGCGAGCUGAAUGUCGAUGACCCCACGGGAGCCCACUCCAAUGCACCAAUCACAGCUCACGCCGAGGUGGAGGUAGUCGAGGAAGCUAAGUGCUGCUGUUUUUUUAAGAGGAAAAGGAAGAAGACUGCCCAGCGCCACAAGUGACCAGUGCCUCCCAGGAGUCCUCAGGCCCUGGGGACUCUAACUCAAUUGCACCUGCAGCUCCUGCCAUUUUUCAUUGGAAGGGACUCUCCUCUGUGGGGGAGGAUAGAGAUCCAAACCAAAAAGAAGAAAACAGAUGCCCCAGAAGGAGCCAGUGUGGGCAGCCAGGGCCCAAUGGGUCAGUGGCCAUCCCCACCUGCCUAAAGCUCUGAGCAGGUCCCAGAGCUGCUGCUCCUCCUCUGCUUGCCCUUGGGGCUGCCUGGUUGACUCUCCUUCCUAUUGUUUACAGUGAAGGUGUCAUUCACAAAAACUCAAGGACUACUAUUCUCUUCCCUCCCCUAGUUUACUCCUGAUUCUUGCCCACCCUCAACCCUUUCCAGCAUAAAAGCUAGUGAGUUAAAGGCUUUGUCUGCUGAAGGAGCUUAAGAGGCUGGGGGUGCGGCCAAGAAGGCAGGGGGAAGAUGGCAGGCCUGGGCGGGAGAAGAACCUUCUCCAACUACCAGCUGUGCCUGGCAGUAUGGCUCCCUCCUCCUCUGUGCCUGUGCGGCCUCCAUCCCCAGCUGGCCACGGGGUGCAGGUCCCUCCCUCCCUUCCUCCUGUGAAGUUACACUGUCGGACACAAGCUGUGAGAAAUUUGCAGUCUACUGUCCCUGCGUGUUGGCAUUUUUCGCUCUCUCAACAAGCGAACUCUGUUCUCCAGACGGUAGUAGGACAAUGCAAAUUGUUCUGCGCAAAGGAAACAAAAACUGACUUUAUUGCACUUUUAGUUGUUUUUUUUUUUUUAAACAAAAAACAUGGCAGAUGCAUAUUGUGUCUGGUUAUAUCGAGAGUUUUACUUUUUUUCUGUUUUGAGGGGGAUGGGGCCAGCCAAGCCAUUCAGAGAGAACAUGGGUCCAGAGGACAUUCUCAGUGAAAAAAAGUUGGGUCUACAGCACCCAGAAGAGAAGAAGCCAAACUCUGUCAUUCUGAGUAAGCACUCAGGUUGGCAAGGAAACAUACUUGAAUUUUCAUUCAUCUUCUCAGCUGCUGAAGAAUGUCCCUACCAGAGCCUCUUGACCUCAUCAGCCUACAGUUUGGACAGCCUAGCUCUCCAGCACUUGGAUGAGCCAGCCAAGCCAGACUGUGACCAGGAGAAAGAGAUGCUUGACAAAAAAAUUGGAAAUAUUGGUUUCCUCCACUGCCAGGGACUUCCAACUAGAUAGCCAUGUGACUUCCUUAGUGAUUUGGGGGACAAAAUUAAUGAUGAAAGAGCCACCACCAUCUUGCCACUAGUGGACAAGAAGAGGAGGAAAGUGAGCCUUUCUUCCGGCUGCCAGAAGAACCUCAGGAUUUGGCAUCAUAGGGCCAUGAAAUAAAAUCAGUAUGUACUGUCUGCCCCAGUAGCUGAGGGGUAGCGUUUGGGCUGGCCUGCCUUAUCAGAAACCAGGCACCUGCGGCAGGCUCAGGACUGAGCACAUGGGGCUGUAGUGAACAGGAGGGUAAGAUUGGUUGGUGCCAGAAAAUUCCAGGGGAAAGGAUACUGAAAUGAAAGGUCUGAAAUUAUCUUCUUAAUUGGAUAUAGACUCCUUCCAAGUAAGAUGGCCAUGGAUCUAGAGCAUGUUUUACCCAGUCCACUGUCUGGUUUUACCCAGUCCACCUAAUCUACUACGAUGAAGGGUCUUGGUUCUUCAUGUACUGCUUGGAAAGUCAUUAAUGUAUGGAGUUCAUCUUAUUGUGCUCAAUUUUCAUUUGAGUUCAGUGGCUUAUGCCAACAGUGACCUCAUUCCAGAUGUGAUAGAGAAGAAUCACAUCAGGGAACAAGGCCUUGUAUCUGGGAGUAGAGAGAGCUGACCAUGGAGGACAGUGGCUGGUGACUGAGUCUGGUGGUUUUGGGAACACAGAAAUCACUGCCUCUGACUUGAGGUGGAGGGCCAUCUUUUGGACUGGAGGAUCUGAGGCUACUUUCUGGUAAUUGGCAUUUCCUGACAAGUCCCUUGAUGUAUUUCACAUGGAGCAGAAAUAGCAGCAGUCACAUCGAUGAGAGUUACUGGGCUUUACCUGUCCUACUGGGCCUUGGCUAGAAAUAGGAAGUAUCACUUUACUGGCUUCAGACCUGCUUAGCUCAUGUAAAGAUUGUAGUCUUUCCUUUCUUUAAAAGAAAUUUUCCUAUAUACAAUACAGAGUGGCUGGGAGACACAGCGUCACAGCCCUUUUCCACAAGGAUUUUUGAAUAUUGCUUCUUUGAUAUUACCUAGUGGUUAAGGCACCAUCUCAGAAACUUAGAGUUUCACAAUUGGCAUUUGGACAACUCAAACUUCCCAUAUAGAAACUUUAAUUCCUUAUCCCUUGUAUAGAAAAAGCCUUGCCUCUCAAAGGAGGGCAAGAGGAAAUGGUGACAAAGCCUCUAGCAUCCUGGCACUCCAUACCCACUAAGUGCCUCCCCACCUCUGCUUCCACAAAAAAGCAAAGGCAGUGACCAGCUUGGCUCAGGGCAAGCCCCCUGCAGCUGGGUUUGUGACUUUUUUUUUUUUUUUUUUUUUGUCUUAAAAUGUUUUUAACAGCUAGCUCUUGAGGGGUUUAAACCUAAGCAGUUAUUGGGGGGGGGUCCUUCCUAAUGCACUGUUCUUUCUCUGCUCCCCACAAAUCCCUUACUAGGUAUUUGAUUUUCAUAACAAAGGGUAAUGGUGAUUCUUCUAAGGCCAUUAGCACUCCAAGGUGGUCCCAGACCCCUUGGAUUCUAUUGUGAUCUUCCUGAAAAUUAAGAAGUAAAUAAAAAGACUACCUAAGGAAUAAUUGGGCCAUCAGUCCCAUCCCCAGCAGCGCAUCAGGGCUCCCUUCCUCAGCCCUCUUGCUCUAGUUGCUUAGCGCUGUACCUCAGCCAGUCGCCUGAGGCUGGGCACUCCCUCCACCCACCAACACCCCAAUCCACUCACUGCAGUUUUUCCAGCUUUCUCCAUUUCACAACAUGGUGCCUAGGGAUCUUUUUCUUUGGGACUGAUGCAGUUGCUUCUGACCUAGCAGUAAGUACUAACAGCAUUUGUUCAUUUAAAAAACCCUUACUAUAUGCUAUUAGGAGUUCUCCCGAACCCUAUGGUCCUUCUGGCAUCGCAUCUUGAGCAGAUUGAAGCAAGCAGGCCAGGCAUCCACCCAGGCAUAAAUGGUCCUUUUUGUAUGACCAGAGGAUGACCUGUGUCUGUACAGUCAGGCAUUGUAAGGGUUGAUCACUUGCUGCACACACCCUGGCAUUUCCCAGUGAUCUCACUCUAGAUUACUCUGCAAGAGUGAGUGGUGUGCCAGCAGCCAGUGUGCUUUCACAAGGGCCUUGAUGAACAUUCUGGUAUAUUGAGUCUGUCUAGGAGUAAACAGAGUCUAAGAAGAGUACACUGGUUGACCUCCAGUUAAAGCUCCACUUCACUCUGGAACGCAGGGGCAACAGGAGGCAGCAGAAUCCUGGGGUUUUCAGUAGAAGUGCUGAUUUGCCUGUUUAUCUCCGUGAACUCCAGGUACAAAGAAGCAGCCCCUGCCAUUAGCCAGAAGAGGGUCCCUCACCUGUAUCUCCCAACUUAGUUCACUGGAAGUCUCCCCUGAUGGUGCAUAUUCACUGUUAGUAACCAUCUUUAAUGUCAGGAAUAUGCAGUGAUGGUAAUAAUGUAUGUCAGAGUGGUUACUAAAGAUCAUAGCCUUAACUUUUUUUGUAUGCAAAAGAUACAGUUCAUUCCCCCUCUAAGUGAGCAAGCUCUGCCUGCAUUUAUAAAAAAUAAGUACUUUCAUGGCGGCCUAGAAAGCAUCUCAAAGGAACUUGAUCUUCUGAUGCAUCUCUCCCAAUUCCAUAUGCCUCCUGUGUGUCCCAGUCACCUCUUACAUUUUCAUAUUUAAACCAAGUCUCCAUCCCCAGUGAAUUUCCCUGAUACUGUCGUCUCCAGGGUCGGCCACAUUAAAGCUAGAGUCACUCAGACUGGGAACUUGCAGCGCUGUCUGGGCAAUGUUGCCUUUGCCAGUCCACUGCCACCAUCCCCGCCAUUGCCCCCAAGGUGUGCAGAUAAAGGAGCCAGGGUAACGAGGCUGUGGAUUGGCUGGAACAAUCCACAUCUGGAUUGGCUGUAUGAGCAACAGGCACUUGUUUCUGGGGUUCUUGCUUUUGCCAACUCCAGGCCUCCAGGAAAGCCCUGUCUAGAGAUUGAUGGCCAGUGACUCCCAGUCUUCCCUCUGAUGGGUCAGCAGGAAUCAAAAUAAGGUUCUUACAGUUUUGUUAUCUUGUUGGGGUGGGGGGAGGGGGGAGGGAGAAGGGUGGCUUUGUUUCUGAAUACAAAGAAAAGGAAACCAUGGCCCUUUUGAGGGUUUGCAGAGUUUAGCCACAAGUAAGGAAUCUUGGAAGUCUUCGAUCAAUUAAGCAGUCUUAAAAACAUGUUAUAACUCCUUUUGCAGGUAAGUGCAAAAGAAUAGAUUUCUCCAUUGUAUUCAAAAUAGUAAGUAGGUUCCCUGGAUAUAGACAAUAGUAGUUGACAGAGUUCCUCAAAAAGCAACCAGGAAGUCCACUCCAGUAUUUGUAGAUCAGCUUACAAAGGAAAAAGUGAAUGUGUACUCCAUAUAUUUCUAGUUUCAUUACCAAACUUGAUGUAAUAAAGAAACCUCAGUUCUGUGGACAGAAUUUUUGUUACUUUCCUCCUCUUUCUCCUCACAAUCAUUUCCAGUGCCAUCACCCUCAAAGUCUGACCAGAGGGUUAUCCAUGAUAAGUGGGGGUGCAGUGCACCCAUCCCAGUAAUAUACAGAGGACGGCUGUCCUGACUGCCUCUUCCCUGCAAACCCCUUCGGGCAGGCGAGACAUGGUCAGUUUCCUCCGCAUGAGCUCCAGACCAAAUCCCAGGCCAGCCCUUGCACCGAAAGCUUUUUUAAGAGGCUUGUCAAUCUGUUAGGAAUGUGUCAGGAGAGAUGAGCCAUUUCUUUGGGGGGAAAUAUAUUUACAGAUGGGUGUGUGUGGUUGCACUUGUAUGCCUGUGUGUGCGUGUGUGCACGCACGCGCACAUUCUCAUCUGUGCGUUUCACUUCCAUAAAGACUCACAGCCCAGGCUGCUGGGACCAUGUGUUACUGAGUAUUCUCAGAAGUAAAGAAAUAACAAGUGAGCUUCUCAAAUUAGUGUCACAGCAAACUGGCUCUGGGAAUGAGCCCCAUUUAUUGAGCAGAAGAGUAAACAGAAAAGAGAUGAAACCAAAAAUAUAACCCACCCCCCAAUGGAAAGUAAUGUUGAUUCAUCAAUUCCCAUUGGAUAUAUUACAUCCUCUAAUUUAUUAUAUUAUUUUGUCUGUUUCUUUAAUCUUUGCCCAUUGUACUUUGAAAAAGAUGUUGGGAUGUUGAUUGCAAUUUUUUUAAGACUAGAUGAUGUAUAAAUCAGCUGUGGAAAUCAGUUUUAAUUGCUGUGUGAAUGUGUCUGAUUAUUGUUAAAUGCCUUUUUUUUUUAACUUUUUUAUUUUAGAUAUGUGAUGUUGUUUCAUAAACCCUGGCACUGGUCGCAAAGCUCAGCUGUGAAAAUGAAACUUGUAGUAUUUUUAAACAUGAAUGUCAAUUUCGAGUGUAUUUGAAACGGUUCCUCCAGGAGAGAGAUUUGUACACCAUUAGGAGAAACUCCUCUGCAGAGGAAGUAGCCUUCUUUGGAGAAAAUGGAAAAUGGGUCUUGAUAUGUUAUCUCAGAGUAGCCCAUUUCCUAGGGCACCAUGGAAAACACAAAUGUGAUCUUUAAGUAUACCUCUUCCCCAAUUUGGGGAAGAAAGAACUCAGUUUGCACCCUUUUUGUAUGUAAAAUAAAAUGUCUUACCUUUCUUGACUAA